GCGAAAACACACGUCAUUCAUUCACGUCUCACUGAACAGCAACAGCGACAUCGCAGCGGUCACUGACGACACGAGCUCUCCCUCCAGUUCUCAUUGCAACCACACAAACACAAACACACAGACUCACACCGUGUCGGUUAGGUUGAAGCGCAAUCGAUCCGUCUGCAACUAUGGCUGAGGGCUUGGUUCAUGUGAAGCGGGCGCUGGUGUCGGUGUUUGACAAGCAAGGCAUCGACGUGCUUGGCCCAGCACUUGCGCGCCAUGGUGUGACCGUGCUGUCGACGGGUGGCACCGCCGCUGCGCUCCGAAAGGCUGGCGUUCCCGUGGUGGACGUACAAGACGUCACAAAGUGGCCCGAGAUGCUUGGCGGCCGAGUGAAGACGUUGCACCCAGCCAUCCACGGGGGCCUGCUUGCCAAUCGCAAGGAAGAGCAGCACCUCAAGGAGCUUGCAGACCUCAACAUUGAGCCCAUCGACAUGGUCAUCUCCAACCUCUACCCGUUUGAGAAGACGGUUGCAUCUGGCAAGGGCUUUGAGGACUGCAUUGAGAUGAUUGACAUUGGCGGCCCAACAAUGGUGCGCGCGGCGGCCAAGAACUGCGACAGCGUUGCUGUGGUCACCAGCCCUGACCAGUACGAGGCCGUUCUCGCAGAGAUGGACAAGACAGGCGGUGCCCUUUCAGUGGCUACCAGGCGCAAGCUGGCCGCCAAGGCCUUCACCCGCACCUGCGAAUACGACGCGGCCGUCGCCGCGUACAUGACCAAAGAAACCACCCCAGACCAGGCAGUGUCUUCCCGCUUAUACGUACAGGGUGGUGCGUUGCGGUACGGUGCCAACCCGCAUCAGAGCCCCGCCAGCUAUGCCAGCGUCCUCGGCCAUGCCCUGCCAUUCCGUGUGGUCAACGGGCAACCGGGGUACAUCAACCUGAUGGACGCCCUCAACGCCUGGCAGCUGGUCCGCGAGCUCAACUCCGCCCUGGACCUUCCCGCCGCAGCUUCCUUCAAGCACGUCAGCCCUGCUGGUGCGGCGGUUGCCACGCCGCUCUCCGCACAAUUGGCCAAGGCGUACGAGGUCGAUCCAAGCACGCUCUCAGACCAGGCCCUGGCAUAUGUGCGGGCGCGCGGCGCGGACCCACUCUCCAGCUACGGCGACUUUGUGGCCAUCAGCGGCGUUGUGGACGAGAGCACAGCGCGCCUGCUGCAGUUUGAGGUCAGCGACGGCAUCAUCGCGUCCGGGUUUGAGCCCGCGGCCUUGGAGAUCUUAAAGGCCAAGAAGAAAGGGCGCUAUCUCAUCCUGGAAGGAAACCUGAAGUACGCGGCCCCAGCUGAUGAAGUCAAGGAAGUUUUUGGCGUGGCCCUCACCCAGAUUCGCAACACGGCCACCAUUACACCAGAUCUUGUCAACUCCAAGGUGGUCACGAAGCAAAGCAUCCACCAAGAAGCCCUUCGUGACCUCGUCGUUGCGACCAUCGCCGUCAAGUACACCCAGUCCAACUCCGUGUGUUAUGCCGCCGAGGGUCAGGUGAUCGGUGUUGGUGCUGGUCAGCAAAGCCGUGUGGACUGCGUCAAGCUGGCUGGCCGUAAGGUGGACACGUGGCGUGCGCGCACCCACCCCAAGGUUCUGAACCUCAAGUUCAAGGCCGGCGUGAAGAAACAAGCUCGGAUCAAUGCCCGUGUUGCAUACAUUAGCAACGACAUGACACCUCAAGAGAAAACACACUGGGAAGAGCUCUUCGAGGAGGUUCCCGAGCCACUCACGAUGGAGGAGUCCAGGGAAUGGGCUGCAUCUUUCAAGAACGUCUCGCUGUCGAGUGACGCAUUCUUCCCCUUCCGUGACAACAUUGACCAGGCCGCAAAGCACGGAGUUGCGUUUGUGACCCAGCCUGGCGGCAGCGUGCAGGACGACACCGUGAUUGAAGCCUGCGACGAAUACGGCAUGGCCAUGUCCUUCACAGGCACACGUCUCUUCCAUCACUGAAACAGCUCCAACCUUGUUGGACAGCUUUCCACCCAUCAUCCUUUUGUUUCCUUGCCAUUUUCAUCCCCAAUGCUUCAAACAUGGCCGUUCUUCACACUGCAAUGAAGCUAGAUUUCCAGACA